AUGGCUAGGGUUUUAAUGUUAUUAUGUGUGAUAUUCGUCAGCGUUUAUGUGACGGAACAAGCAUACUUUUUGCAGAAAGAUUUCAUUGAGAAUAUCAAUGAACAAGCUACAACAUGGAAGGCAGGUGUAAACUUUCACCCAAAUACACCAAAGGAACAUUUCUUGAAAAUGCUGGGAUCAAAAGGAGUACAAAUUCCAAACAAAAAUAAUAUUCAUCUGUACAAAACCAACGAUGCAGCUUACGACAACUUAUUCGGCCGAAUUCCAAGACAAUUUGACGCUAGGAGAAAAUGGAGACGUUGUCGCACUAUCGGAAGAGUCCGUGACCAAGGGAAUUGUGCAUCAAGUUGGGCAAUGGCUACGAGCUCGGCUUUUGCUGACCGUCUGUGUGUAGCUACAAAAGCAGAUUUCAAUGAAUUGUUAUCCGCUGAAGAAAUCACUUUCUGUUGUCAUUCGUGUGGUUCCGGAUGCAAUGGAGGUUAUCCGAUUAAAGCGUGGCAACGUUUUAAGAAACACGGUUUAGUCACCGGAGGAGACUACAAAUCUGGAGAGGGUUGUGAACCAUACAGAGUCCCAAAUAAUUGCGAAUAUGACGAUAAAGGAAAAACUACAUGCGAAAGUAAGCCAAUGGAAUCAAAUCACAGAUGCACGAGAAUGUGCUACGGAAAUCAAGACCUCGAUUUCGACGAAGAUCACAGAUACACACGUGACUUCUACUACCUAACGUACGGCAGCAUCCAAAAGGACGUUAUGACUUACGGACCAAUUGCAGCAUCGUUCAACGUGUACGACGAUUUCCCCAAUUACAAGUCAGGUGUUUACGUGAAAUCUGAAAAUGCCACAUACUUGGGAGAACAUGCCGUUAAAUUGAUCGGUUGGGGUGAAGAAGACGAAGUUCCAUACUGGUUGAUGGUCAAUUCGUGGAACACAGGUUGGGGUGACAACGGUCUUUUCAAAAUUCAACGUGGCACAAACGAAUGUGGUAUCGAUAACUCGACAACUGCUGGAGUACCAGUUACUAACUAA